CCUUAGCCUAUUGAUCAUCUUGACGAUCUUCAUCCUUCAUCCAUCCCAUCCGAUUUUAGGUUUUAUCAACUGAAAAUGGUACUUUGUAUGUGGAAUUUACGUGGUCCUCAUACGAUUGCACCCGACCUUGAUAAAGAUUACAAUGGUCACGACAAUUUCUUCACUUUAAAAAUACAUCAUGGUGGAUUUUUUUCAAAGUUCCCAGGAAGAAAGUACGUUGAGGGAAGGUUGGCAUUCUAUGACUUUGUUGACACUGAUCUUUUUUCAGUUCAUGAUCUAAAUGACAUGAUUCGUGAGAUAGGGUAUUCUGCGGAUGACACAAUAGUGAUUAAUGUGUACGUUGAACAUGGUUCUACAAGACUUCAUACUUACUUCAUGUCCCCAAGUAAAGUUGUUAUUGAGCAACUGGAUGAUGAUCCUUCUCCUGAGCUUAAUAGGAUUAGGCCUAAGAAGAAGGGAAUUGGUUCGUGUAGCAAGAAAUUAGACAUGAAUGUCCCAUUUAUAGAAUCAACUAAUCAAGCUCAGAGAGAAGAUGGUGUGUAUGAUUUUUCCAUGUCCCUAGUUCCUUUUGAGCCAAACAAACAAGACAUGGUUAAUGAGUUUAAGGAUGAUUCGUAUUUCCCUGUACCAGAAGAAACUGAUACAAUGCAAGAAAUUACAGGUGAUAUUAAUUGCCAUAAUCAUAGGGAAAUGCUAGAUGAUUUUGAGCCUUUUAGUAGUGAUGGAUAUAAGACUAUAGAUGAGUUUGAAAGAGAGGUUGAAGCUGAAGAAGAAGAAGAUGAAGAAGGGCAUGCAGAGGAUUCAAAAGAUGAUACAGAAGAGCAUACAGAAGAAGAUGAUGAUUCUGACUACAUUGUUGACCCAGAAGCUAUUUUAGAUGACUGGGAGGUUGAUAUGAGAGAGUUUCACAGUUGUGUGGAUGAGGUUGAAUGGUUUGGACAAGGUCCAAACAUAGAAUUAGAUUUAAAUCAAGAUGAUGAUUUAGGUGUGAUCAACAAUGAUGAGUUUGACAGUACAGGAUAUGAGGAAGACCUAAGGAAGAGAAUGUUAAAAAACCUGAACAAGAAGGUGCCUUAUUCUUCCGGGGUAGUUCAUGUUACACCAUUUUUUGUGGGUCAAGCUUUUAAAACCAAAAAAGAUAUACAAGGUCACGUGAAGAUGCUUUCAAUAAAAACAAGGAGGGCCCUUUACAUGGCAAAAAAUGAAAAAUUAAGAGUAAGAGUCAAGUGUAAAGGGGUGGUUCCAGAUUCCACUGAUGGUGGGCCCUCCACUGUAAGUAAAGCCACAUCGAAGGGCAAAACUGUAAUUUCACAAAAAGAUUCUUUUCCUUUUGCUAUUCAGAUAUCUAGAUCUACGGAAGAGGAACAAUGGUUGGUGAAGACAGUUAUUGAUGAGCAUUUAUGCUUACAAAGUAGAAAUGUGAAGGCAUGUACAUCUAGAUAUCUUGCAAGCACUAUUCUCCAAAAAGUGGAUUCCAACCCUCGCAUCCCAGUAACAGCCUUACAAGAAGAGCUUCAAAUGGAUUUGGAAUUAAGCAUAUCAAGAAUGAAGGUGUUCAGGGCUAAAUCGAUUGCAAAGGAACAACUAUAUGGUGACUACGAAAGGCAAUAUAAUUUGUUGAGAGAUUACUGUUUGGAGUUACAAACCAAUAACCCAGGUACAACAGUGAAGCUAGAAGUGUGUAAUGAGCCAAAUCCUGAUGUUCAAACUCGUAUUUUCAAGAGGAUAUACAUUUGUCUUGGAGCAGUUAAGUUGGGGUUCAAAUCUGGAAAAAGGGAAUUAUUAGGAUUGGAUGGAUGUUUCUUGAAAGGACCACACCCUGGACAAAUUCUAACAGUUGUAGGUCUUGAUUCCAACAAUGGAAUAUAUCCACUAGCAUAUGCAGUUGUGGAAGCUGAGACAACAAGUUCAUGGACAUGGUUCUUAGAAUGCCUUGGUGAUGAUUUGGAUUUGGAUGCAUCAUGCAACUUCACUUUUGUAUCUGACAGACAAAAGGGCAUAAUACCUGCAAUAGCAAAAGUGUUUCCAAAUGCAGAGCAUAGAUGGUGUUUGAGACAUAUACAUGAAAACAUGAAGUUGCAAUGGAGGGGGAAGAGUUUAGAGAUCACUUAUGGAGAGGCUCAUGAAUGGCUAAGUAAGAUUCCUCCAGUUCAUUGGGCUAGGUCUCAUUUCUCAGGUAGAGCCCAUUCAGAUUGUCUUUUAAACAAUUUAUGUGAAGUAUUCAACUCUAAGCUAGAGCAUGGAAGGGACAAGCCUAUAAUUACAUGUUUGGAGUACAUAAGAGUGUACUUGAUGAAGAGACAUUGCAUUGUACAAAAAGAAAUUGAUAAAUGCAAAAGUCUAUUAACCCCCACUGCAACUACCAUACUUGACACAAUCAAAACAGCUGCAAGCAAAUAUAGGGCACUUUUUUGUGGUUCUGGAAAAUAUCAAGUGACUGGUAUGAUGUUUGAUCAGUAUGUGGUCAAAUUGAAAGAGGGUACAUGUAGUUGUAGGUAUUGGGAGAUAACAAGGAUAGUCUGCAGACAUGGAGUUUGUGCAAUAUGGGAACAUAUUCAAAAUGGUGAAAAAGCCCAACAACCUGAAUAUUGGGUGCAUCCUUGUUAUAAGCUAGAAACAUGGAGGGCAAUGUACUGUAACAAAAUAGAUCCAAUCAAUGGCAGGAGCAUGUGGCCAAAAUCUAGAUGUCCAACCACUCUUAUACCACCUACACAUCACACACAAGUUGGAAGGCCAAAGAAAAAGAGGAGGAGGGCUAUAGAUGAGGCUAGUAACCAAUCAAAAAACCUAUCUAGGAAAUUCUUGACUGUUACUUGUUCCAAGUGUCAUAACAAAGGACAUAACUCUAGAACAUGUAAGGGGCAAGAGGGUCAAGUCAGAGAGUAG